ACGAGUACCUGAGCCCGACCCGACCGGUUCGGUUGCCACCCCUACCAGACGAGGAAGUGCCUCUCUCUCUCUCUCUCUCUCUCUCUCUAGGUUUUGAGCGUUAAAGCGCUCUCUCUCUAGAGUUUUUGAAAGCAGGAUGUCUUAGAAUGACCGCUGCCACACCACCUUACUUAUUCAGUCUUUUAAGAAGCUCCACUUCUCUCAGACAAAUACACCAAAUUCACACCCAAUUCCUCAUCCACUCUAUCCCUCUCAACAAUUUCUUCCUUACAAAACUCAUCCAAUUCAACUGUACAGACUAUUCCAGCAUCGUCUUCGAUCUAAUCCCUCAAAACAACGAUUAUUCAUGGACACUCAUGAUCAAAAGCUAUGCCACCCAUGGUCCUCUUCCAUAUGCUUUCUCUCUCUUCAUUCAAAUGCUAAAGAAUGAUGUAAAACCCACCAAUUUCACCUUCCCUCCCCUCCUGAAUGCGUGCUCUCGAAUCCCGGCUGCCAUCCUUGGCCAACAAGUCCACACCCAAGUUGCGAAGCUUGGCUUAGUUUCCGAUAUUUUCACCGGGAAUGCGCUGGUUGACAUGUACUCAAAGUGCGAUUGCAUUGUUGAUGCUCAUCGAGUUUUUGAGGAAAUGCCUGUGAAAGACCAGGUCUCGUACAAUUCGAUGAUUCAUGGGUAUGCGAAGAUGGGAGAUUUGUCGUGUGCCUCCCACUUGUUCAGUGAAAUGCCUGAGAGGAAUGUUAUUUCUUGGACUUCUCUGAUUGGUGGCUAUUGUCGGGCUGGAAACAUAAAAGAAGCUCUUGAAACCUUUAAAAGGAUGAUUUUAUCGGUUGAGGGGCCAGAUCCCAACACUGCCACCAUGGUGAGUCUUCUUUCUGCAUGCUCUAGUUUAUGUGAUUUGGAGGCGGGGAGGUGGGUCUCUUGUGUAAUUGACAUUAACAAGGUGGCUUCGAGCAUCGUAUUGAACACUAGUCUAAUCGAUAUGUUUGCGAAAUGCGGAGAUAUCAUAAAGGCUCGUAAAGUCUUUGAUGAGAUGCCUUUUAGGAACUUAGUAUCUUGGAAUGCUAUGGUCACAGGAUAUAGCCAAUGUGGUUUGCCUAACGAAGCGAUCUCCUUGUUUCGGGAGAUGGGGGGCGAGGAUGUGGAGCCUAACGAGGUCACGCUAGUGGGAGUGCUGUCCUCAUGCGCCAACUUAGGGGCUCUUGAGCUUGGAAGAGAAAUACACAAUUACGUCUGCGAAAAUGGAUUAGAGACAAAUGUUAUUCUUAGCACUGCACUGAUCGAUAUGUAUGCAAAAUGUGGGUCUAUAGAAAGCGCUUGUUUGGUCUUUUUUAAGAUGCCAAAAAGAGAUGUGGUCUCGUGGAAUGCAAUGAUCGUGGGGCUGUCAAUGAAUGGACUCGGCAAAGAGGCACUCGUGGUGUUUACGAAUAUGAGGAAAGCUGGUGUGAGGCCUAAUGAUGUUACAUUUCUCGGGGCGUUAUCUGGGUGUAGCCACUCAGGCUUGGUAGAUGAGGGUCGAUAUAUCUUUCAGGAGAUGGUUUCCCAGUACAACUUAAGCCCCAAUGCCGAGCACUAUGCUUGCAUGGUUGAUCUUUUAGGUCGAGCUGGCUUUCUAGAUGAGGCCUUUAUGCUUGUUCGAGACAUGCCAUUUAAACCUGACCCGGCUAUAUGGGCUGCUCUACUAAGUUCAUGCAGAACUCAUUGCAACGUCAAAUUUGCCAGCGAAAUUGGCCAAAUUCUUAUGUUAUCAGAAACCCCACAUUUGGGAAGCUGCAUCUUGUUAUCAAAUGUAUAUGCAAGUGCUGGUAUGUGGGAUGAGGUUGCCAGAGUGAGGAGGCUUAUAAAGGAUAAGAGAUUGAGGAAGCCGGCUGGAUGUAGUUGGGUUGAGAUUUGUGGCAUUGUGCAUAGGUUUGUCGUGGAGGAUUCGAAGCACCCACAGUCGGAAGAGAUAUAUGAUUUGUUGCGAGGUAUCACGAAACAGUUGAAAGUUGAGGGUUAUGUGCCUGAACUUGAUCUUCUUUUGCAGAGUUCGGAGGAAACUCAGUGAGUUGAUCAUUAUUUUUUGGUUGGUUUUAAAGCGACCUUUGCAAUUCAGGUGUUGAAUUAGCAAGGGUGAGCAGAAAGGUGAUUUUGAUUACAUGGAAAGCCCUUGUCUGGCACAAAAAUUAACCAAGGAUUUGAACCUUGGAUUGUUAUGACCCGGACACUCCAUUUUAGUCGCUGCAUCAUGACACUUCGACUGGGACACUUCGGAAAUGAGGGGAAUUUAAAAAGUAGCAGAGCUCAAGACUGGGAUUUGAAUCCAAAGUGUGCUGAAAACCAUGUGAUCUACUGCUAUGCUAACCAAUGUUGGCGGAUAAUAAUUGGUCAUCUA